AUGUUUGAAGAUAUUUGCAAAGAAAUGGAUCUAGAUUGGAAACGAAAUAUCGUAUAUGGGAAGUUUUUAUCAGCAGUGAAUUUGAGACGAGAAUAUUUACAAUUCGCAAACACUUCUAUUGAAUUUGAAAAGUUGGUGAAACUUCCAGAAAAACUACAUGAACAACUAGAUCAUGAUCUUACAGAUGUUUUAAAUUCUGAUGAUAAUGAUGACCAAACACCGAUGAAGACAGUUCUGAGGAAGACGAAAAACCACAAGAUACAAUACAUAUGCUAUUUGAAUGCUUUUCCAGAACGUGCAUUUUCUAAAUUGAAAUUGAUUAAAACACGUCUCAGAUCAACAAUGUGCGAAGAACGCUUAGAAUCACUCUUGAUGAUUUCAUGUGAAAAGGAUAUUCCAAUAGAUACAGAUGAAGUCAUCAAAUGUUUUUCAUCAUAUAGUCCAGUUCUUUUAAAAUAA